AUGGAUAUUGCUACUGCUUGCUUUCCAGCUGUACAAGAUGGGUGUCGAACUGUCUAUCCUAUACAGCAACCACGUGGUUGCAAAAUCAAAGUUUUACGACUGUGCCACGAAGAGUCCAAAGACUAUAAAUUAAUAAAUCCGUUUCUGGGCUGUUCGGUACAAAAUUGUUAUUUAACAUAUGAUAGCGCAGAUAUUCAUGCAGCAGAUGCCGUUAUAAUUUAUUUGAGCAAAACUUGCCGAAUGGCUGAUUUACCGGAAAGACGAGGGUUGCGCCCACGUGGCCAACGGUGGAUAUUUAUGACCGACGAAGCGGCACCUCGCACUUUUUGGUGUGGAACGCGCUCGAUACCAAAACUCGAUUGGAAUAAAAUUUUUAAUUGGUCUAUGAGUUAUAGAUACGAUGCAGACAUACCAAUAAGUUAUGGGAGGGUCGUAUUGAGGAGAAAACCAAUAGAUGAUCUGACUCAUGAAGCUAACGUUGAUAAAAUUUUGAAAAGCAAAAAAGCUCUAGCAGCGAUUUUAAUAACCAGUUGUUCAAAAACAUCGUUAAAAUGGAAAUACGUAGAAGAAUUAUCAAAACAUAUGCCUUUGGCAAUAUUGGGGGGUUGUGGAAAAACUACUUUAUGCCGAAGUCAAACCUAUUACAAUGUAGACUGUCCAGUAUUAGAAAUAUUUAGAUUUUAUUUAGCUUUUGAAAAUAGUCUUUGUGAUCAAUAUAUCACCGAAAAAGUUUGGUGGAAUUCUUUCAAGAAAGGAGCUAUUCCUGUUGUCAUGGGCGGUGAUGCUGCGGGAAAAACGUAUUCUCAAUUUCUCCCGUUGGGAUCAUAUCUGACGGUUGACGACUUCUCGAGCCCUAAGAAAUUAGCCGAUUGUUUGCAAGGCGAUUGCUCUACUGAGGAGUCCCUUAGAAAUUUCCACGCCUGGCGCAAGUACUUCGAAGUGAAGCAGGAGCAUGCCUUCUUCGGCUCUCGUUCCGUCCACUACUGCCGCGUGUGCGAAGCGCUCAAUUACAACAGCGAGGAGCCGAAAACCUACGACAGCAUCCAUGACUUUAAACAGGUAUCUUCUAUGUCAGUUCUGGGGCAAAUAUUAUACCUAAAUAGAACUUUACCGAAUGCAAGAGACAAAAAUUUUAAAAUUCUUGUACACAAGCAUGGGGAGUUCUUAGAGCGAAGACAUUUAAAGAAUUUUGGAACAAAGAAGAAAAACCCGUUUGCGGAAUGUUCCGUUCAGAAUUGUCAUUUGACAUACGAUAGCAAAGAACUAAAAGAUGCAGAUGCUGUAAUUAUUCAUCUGCAUAAAACCUGCAAAAUAUCUGAUCUGCCAGUCGAGCACGGGUUGCGUCCACCAGGACAGCGCUGGAUUUUUCUUAGUGAUGAAUCUCCUCCAAACGCCUUUUUCUGCGCAAAACCUCUUACGCCGAAGCUGGACGGUGUGUUUAAUUGGUCCAUGACUUAUAGAUAUGAUGCGGAUGUUCCUGUAGCUUAUGGAAGAACUGUGUUGAGAAAAGACCCAAUUGACGAAAAGGUACAUCAAGCCAACAUUGAUAAAAUACUUGGAAAUAAGAAACAUUUGGCAGCUAUCAUGAUAUCGAAUUGCAAAGCAGAGUCAUUGAGAUGGAGAUAUGUUAAAGAAUUAUCCAAACACAUGCCAUUGACAAUACUAGGAGCGUGUGGAAAUUCUACUAUGUGCCGAGCUCAAUUGCAUUAUGGGAUAGAUUGUCCAGAAUUAGAACAAUUUAAAUUUUACUUGGCUUUUGAGAAUAGACUCUGCGACCAGUACAUAACAGAGAAGGUUUGGUGGAACGCUUUAAGUAAGGGUGCUGUUCCAAUUGUUAUGGGUGGCGAUGCCCAAAGUAAAACCUAUUCCCAAUUCCUUCCCAUGGGAUCAUAUCUGACGGUCGACGAUUUUGCGAGUCCGAAACAGUUGGCAGAGUGCCUGCAAGGCUAUUGUUCCAGCAAGGAGAUUCUGCGAGGUUUACACGAGUGGCGCAAGUAUUUUGACGUGAAGCAGGAGCACGCCUACUUCGGUUCCCCUUCGGUCCAUUACUGUCGCGUUUGCGAAGCCCUCAAUUAUAAUAGUGAGGAACCGAAGAUUUAUGAAAAAUUUAACAAAGUGUUAAGAACUGAAGAUUGCCGAGAUAAUAUACGGCAUCCGUUUCUAUAG